AUGACUUCCAAGAUCGACAAGACUAUUGCCCGCCAGCAAGAAAAGAUCGCGGCCGGCGCCUACUAUGAAGCCCACCAACAACUACGUGUGAUCGCGGCUCGCUAUAUCAAGGCCUCCAACUGGGAUGCCGCCGCAGAGAUCCUAGCUGGUGGUGCGACCGCUCUACUAAGGGCUGGAGCCCAGCAGGGUGCCUCGGCGAGUGGUGGAGACCUGGCGAUCAUGCUAGUGGUCGAGGUUUACAAAAAGGCAGAAUGGCAGAUCUCAGGACGUGCCGAUGAUGCAGAGAGUCGUUCCCGAAAGAAGCGCCUUAUCGAGAUUCUGCGCGAGUUCCCUUCGGAAGAGCCUACAAGAAAGCGGUAUAUUCAGGAGAUCAUCGGAUGGAGUGGGCAAUACGGGCCCUUGGAGCGUGGAGAUCCGGACCUGCAUCAUGCAGCUGGCUCAGUCUACGCGGAAGAUAACGAGCCGUACGAGGCCGAAAAACAUUUGAUCCUAGGAACGUCGGAAUCGGCGGAGACUCUAGCGAAACUUGAAUAUGAGUGGUACACUCAUGACGAACCGCACACCGCAGCGCUAUAUGCGUCGCGCGCCAUCUUCCCAUACCUCACGACAGGCAACCUCCGCAGUGCUAACAAGGCGUUGCUCAUCUUCACCACUCGACUAUCAACAGCGAACCCGUCUCUUGGUGUGCAAGAGGUGAGCAGCGCCAGCUCCGAUGUUCGGGUGUACCCUGCCCUCCCAUUACUCAACUUCCUGAGCAUGUUGCUUCUGACGAUUCAGCGAGGAAGUGCCGAUCUGUUCCGACAGCUUACCGCACACUAUGCGGCACAGAUUCGGGAUGUGGGCAUUUGGGACGAGACUCUGGCACAGAUUGGUGAGCAGUACUUUGGGAUCAAGAUUCCUCGGCAGGGAAACCCCCUGUUUGACAUGAUGAGCGGCAUGUUGUUCGGUGGAGGCCAAGGCAACGCAGGCCCAUCUCGGCCCGCUGUGAAGAAGGUCGAGGCACCGCCGUCGAAUAUGGAUCUUGACUAG